AUGAGUGAUAGAGAGACCUUUAGCAAUGGCACCGAAGAUGACUUGUCACUUCCCAAAGCGACUGUCACAAAGCUCAUUUCAGAAAUGCUACCACCCGACAUCAAUUGCGCCAAAGACACUCGAGACUUGUUAAUAGACUGCUGUGUGGAGUUUAUUCAUUUGAUCGCUUCACAGGCAAAUGACAUUUGCGAAAAAGACGCAAAGAAAACCAUUGCUGCGGAGCAUGUCAUUAAUGCCCUUGAGGAAUUGGGCUUCGAGAGCUAUUUGUCCGAAGUAAAAGAAGUAUUUCAAGAACACAAAAAAUUGCAAAAGGAUCGUGACAAGAAGAGUUCUCGAUUGGAAAAUUCUGGAAUGUCAGAGGAAGAAUUAUUAAGGCAGCAAGAGCUCUUGUUCGAGCAAUCUCGCCUUAAAUACCAAGCACAACAACAAUCUUAA